UUAUAUGCAACUGUGCCUGAAAUGGGAUCAAAUUUAAGUUCAAAUGAGACUUUUACGGGCACCUCAGCACCACCGGUGAGUACGAGACCAGUAUCUCCUUUCAACUUGCUCACUGUAAAAAUCCUAAGAGUGAGGAAUGUCCGGAAGGCAGAUUUAUUCACCCUUUCAGACUGUUACGUGACACUGUGGCUGCCCACUGCCUCAACUGAGAAGGUUCGGACCAGAACCAUCAGGAACAGCAAGAACCCUGUCUGGAAUGAGGCUUUCUGCUAUAAGAUUGACCGCCGAGUCAAGAAUGUGUUGGAGCUAAAGGUCUGUGAUGAAGACACAAUCACCAGGGACGAUGAACUCUGCACAGUUCUCUUUGACAUUGAUAAACUCACUGUGGGACGUACUGCACGAGUGAAGUUUCAGCUGAAUCCACAGACACGUGAGGAGCUGGAGGUGGAGUUCACAUUGCAGAACAC